CGCUCAUGGUAUAUUUUGAUAGGGUUAAUGUAUUUGUUGAUUGCUCAUUCUGGUGGGUUUCAGAGAUUUGGACUUUCUAAGGUAGUCACUGGAUUUAUUUCAGUUAAUUGUGUUAAAUGGGAAAGCGCUUCCUGGUAUAAAUGAAAAAUCACGAGACAGCCAUUGUGUUUCGGUCUGUAACUCGUCGCUGCUGUGGGUCAGUUGCCACUAGUUGGUAUCAUCGUCAGCUGUUUUGUUCCAGUCAUUCUGUGUAGUGAUUUAUCAGUCCGUGCGUAUACGGGGAAAAAAAAUAACAAUACAGACCUCCCCCUCAAAAAAAAAUAAGGGGCGCUUUCGGAUUUUCUAUUUAGAAAUACGUUUGCUUCAUCAGAAUAAUACCUGGUGACAGAAAGAAAAUCUAUACCGAUCUUGCGAUAAACAUCUAAAAUACCAGCAAACAUUUGUUGAGAAAGUGUCCAUCAUGCUUGGCGGUGGGUACAAAGCGGAGAGACUUCGAGUCAACCUUCGGCUGGUCAUUAAUAGACUCAAGCUGCUUGAGAAGAAGAAAACCGAGCUAGCGCAGAAAGCGCGAAAGGAAAUUGCCGAUUACUUGUCAUCCGGGAAAGAUGAGCGUGCUCGUAUCCGCGUGGAGCACAUCAUCCGAGAGGACUACCUGGUGGAGGCCAUGGAGAUCCUCGAGCUGUACUGUGACCUACUACUUGCACGCUUUGGCCUCAUUCAGUCCAUGAAGGAGCUGGAUCCUGGCUUGCAGGAGGCUGUGUCCACAUUAAUAUGGGCUGCCCCACGCCUGCAGUCAGAAGUAUCUGAACUGAAGAUUGUGUCCGAUCAACUGUGUGCAAAAUACAGCAAGGAGUACGGCAAGCUGUGCAGGACGAACCAAAUCGGGACGGUCAACGACAGGCUGAUGCAUAAGCUGAGCGUGGAGGCGCCCCCAAAGAUCCUGGUGGAGCGUUACCUUAUUGAGAUCGCCAAGAACUACAACGUACCAUACGAACCCGACGCCAUGGUCAGGCCUGAGGUGGCCUUUGGUGAGGAGGCGGACCUCAUUGAUGUGGACAAUGACAGCAGAAAGCCAGGCGGCGGGGGGGGCGGCUUCACUGCGCCAGCUGUGGCUGGGUCCGUACCCAUGCCCCCCGGGUUCAAAUACCCCACCUCCAGUGGAUCAGAGCCGUUCCAUGCCGCUGUGGGAACUUACGACAGCAUUGCCAACUUCCAGCCCCCGAUGAGAGGACAGCCUCCCCAGCUUCCAAGUGUUCCCCCCACCUACGAGUCUAUUGAUGAUUUGGCCAUCAAACCAUCCGGGCCUGCCCAGAUACCUGGUCCAGGCCCCUCCAUUGGGUCAUUUGACAACAGCCCCCUCCCCGAGCUUCCCUCUGUCCCUGACACACUACCUGCGUCUUCCUUCGGCCGGAAUGCCUCCACUUCUGACGACAUCGACUUUGACGACCUCUCGCGGCGCUUUGAGGAGCUGAAGAAGAAGACCUAGAACGUUGCCGUUCCAGUCUAUCGUCAUGGUGACUAGCUAAGGGGCAUGAGCCCUGGUCAGAUUUAAGAAUAUGGAUUCUCUCUUGCAGUAAAUUUUCCUUCCCUGUCUUCUCCCCAAAUUCCAAUAUUACGCUAUCUCACUUAAACGCAAUGAGGCGGCCAGGGGGGUGGGCCUUAGGUCACGCCAUUCUUAGUGAACGACUUCAUAAAACUCCCAGGAGUCUAAGCGUGGAAAAACCAUCGUGGGCCUAAUCCCAAAGCUUAUAGACAACCACGCUGCCUAGAACCCAAAAUAUAGUACCUGCCGUUUGAGUGACAGCCUUUGAGAGUUUGCCAGAGAGCAAAGGGAUGCCAUCUCAUUAAACAUCAUGAUGGUGUUUCUAGCCGUGGUGAAAGAUCUUCAAUUGUGAACGGAAUAAGGCCUUUCGCAACCAGAAGAAUUGCGAUGUAUCCUAAACAUUUCUUGUUUUGACAUGUAAGCUUCUUGUUUAGUUUGGUUGGUUUUUGAGGUCAUGUUUUCUAAUUACACUGGAGAUUUAAUAUUUUGUCGCACUGAAAGGGCCGGAAGUGUGAUAUUGCAACCAAUCAGCAAAUACUUAAACUUAGUAAGAAUAAUUUAAAUGCACAUGCUAGGUUAAAGCUUCUACAGACCAUUCUGCCUGAUGCUUCCCUUUGUAAACUUGCUGUACCUGCACUUGAACACUGAGUGAUUUAGCCUGGCUAAAGAUAUUUAAGUGAGACUUCAUUGUAUAAAAUCUGAGAAUCUUUAAAAAGAGCCUGAUGUCCUUUGGUUCCAGCAUAUGACAUGAACCCGUUUUUUAUAAUAUAUAUAUAUAUAUAUA